UGGCUUAAACGGGAACAUAUAUAAAGACAGCAGCUACCAACCUGGAAGUGUUGGAGGAGCGCAAAAACCUCUUAGAAGUGCUCUGCCAUAAGCUUCUUCUCCAUUGGCUCCUUACCAAAUCCGUCAAAGUUUUUCUUCGAUCGUUUCCAGCCUCAGGAGGAGGUGAAAGCGGGGAGAUGGCUCACAGACUGGAUCAUGAGUACGAUUACCUCUUCAAGAUCGUUCUGAUAGGCGAUUCCGGAGUUGGGAAAUCGAACAUACUCUCCAGAUUUACUCGGAACGAGUUCUGCCUGGAAUCGAAAUCCACGAUCGGUGUAGAGUUCGCCACGAGAACGCUUCAGAUUGAUGGAAAAACAAUCAAGGCUCAGAUUUGGGACACUGCAGGUCAAGAGCGUUAUCGCGCCAUCACCAGCGCGUAUUACAGGGGCGCAGUGGGAGCACUUCUGGUGUACGACAUAACUAAGAGGCAAACUUUCAACAACCUCCAUAGGUGGCUUCGCGAACUGAGAGACCACGCCGACUCCAACAUAGUCAUUAUGAUGGCUGGCAACAAAGCAGAUCUGAACCAUCUCAGAGCCAUUUCCGAGGAUGAUGCGCACUUAUUAGCUGAGAAGGAGGGUCUGUCCUUUCUCGAGACCUCGGCUCUCGAAGCCUUCAAUGUCGAAAGAGCUUUUCACUCUCUGCUCACAGAGAUACACAGCAUAAUAAGCAAGAAAGCUCUUGCUGCGCAAGAGGCAACUGCAACUGCUCCAAUUCAUGGCACAAUAAUCAAUGUUGCUGAUUCCAAUGGGAGCUCAAAGCGAAGCUGCUGUUAUACCUUCACUUAAAUGUUGCCAGACUUCUGAAACUAUGAAAAGCAGAGACCUCUCUCGCACUCUGGAUUUAUUUUUUGGACUCUUGGAGGUUUUUUUCUUCACAGUUUUUCAGUAUUCUCUACAGGAAUUACAUUUACCCAUCUCUCUC